AUGGCAGAUUUUGAUUAUGAUUGGCAUUGGAAUCCAUCACUUCAAGGUUGGAGUCAUCAAUACCCUCCUUAUUGUCCAAACUCACCCCAACCAAUUGAAGAAGAGGAGGAUAUACUAUCACUUCCAAAAGAGAUUAAUCGAUUGGCGGACAUGGUAAAAGCUCUAUGUGAUAAUUUAAUGGCGCAGGAUUCAGAGAGUUUUAAGGAUAAUAACUCAAAUAACGAAAGUUAUGAGAGUUGUUUGAAUAUAGUAGAAGCACCAUCAGAUGAAUACAUAGAAGAGACUGAGCCUAGAAUUGAAGAGAAAGAAUCCUUUGAAGUGGUUGAAAAUUUGGAUACAUUGGAUGCUUGCUCAACAAAUGAUGAACUCAAUUUGGUGAAUGAAGAAACAUCCAUCCUCAAUGAUGAAAUUAUUGAAGAUCAAAUCACAGUCAAGGAUGUGGAUGGUCAUGAGGAAACUGAACAACCAAUUGAGAGGUUAUUUGAGAAAAGCAAGAAAGAGGUGCCAUUGGUGGUAGAAGAAUCACUUGUAGUUGUUAAUUUGAGGUUGUCAACACCACUAUAUUAUGAACCACCAAUGGACCCUUAUUUUCCACUAAUGCCGCAUUCUCCAUAUUAUAUUGUUAUAUCUGAAGGAAAGAGAAAGAGGCUUGACACAUCAUCAAUUGGGCUUACUAUAAUUGAAAAUGGGCCGGUUGGAUCAAGUGGGUUAGUUUCUUUGAUAAAUACCACAAAUGCUGAAAGUAUUUCAAAAAACGAGUCAAAGGUGGGUGCUGUGGUGGGCCGAGUAAAAGCCAAGUUGGGCUUUGAAUCAUGUUUUGCUGUUGAUCCAAUUGGAAGAUCUGGUGGGCUUGCUUUUUUCUGGAAAAUAACUGAUGAAGCACGAUUGAUUGGCUAUUCACAGAACCAUGUCGACUUUGAGAUUUCUGUUCCUGGUACGAUCGUAUGGCGCCUCACUGGGUUCUACGGUGAGCCUAACCGCAGUCUUCGAGCUCGAACAUGGACCCUUCUUCGUACUCUUCUCACCGAAUCUCCCCUUCCUUGGUGCUUAAUCGGUGACUUCAACAACAUAACAAACCAAUCCGAAAAAAGAGGAGGCCGUGCAUAUCCGACUGCUCUCAUUGCUGGUUUUCAGGCAGUUUUACAUGAUUGCUCCUUGCACGAUUUAGAGCUUCGUGGUUAUCCCUUUACUUGGGAAAGAGGCCGUGAGUCUGGUCAUUUGGUGGAGAUUCGAUUGGACAGAGCAUUGGUCUCCCAAACGUGGCUUGAUGCUUUCCAUGAGGUAACAUUGUCAAAUCUCUCUAUAUCCUCUUCAGAUCACACUCCGAUUUUUCUGGAAUUUCAUGAUUGUUCUCACCGCAACAAUGUUUAUCUUUUUCGUUUUGAAAACUCUUGGUGCCGUGAACCUAUGUGUGCUCAUAUAGUUAGAUCUUGUUGGGAUAAUAAUAGUCAUCUUUCUCUUCUUGAGAAGAUUAAACUAUGCAGUUCUCAACUAGAUGAUUGGGGAAAAGGUCUCACUGGUAAUUUUAAGAGACGUAUUGCUAAAAGUAAAGAUAAACUGGUUGCCUUGAAGCACUCUGGGCUUGACAACUGUUUUCAGGAUUAUGCAACUGAGAAAAAUAAUUAUUUUGAGAUUCUAGCUCAGCAGGAAAUUUACUGGAAGCAAAGGUCAAAGCAAUACUGGUUAAAUGCGGGUGAUAAGAAUAGUAAGUAUUUUCAUGCUACUGCUAGUUCCCGUAAACGAAGUAAUCAAAUUUAUCAGUUGCAAACACCAAAUGGCGAUUGGUCGAAUUGGGACACUGGGCUUAGUGAUGUUAUUUCUAAUUAUUUUGAUGAUUUGUUUACUACUAAUGGUACUUUUCAUAAUGCUGUUGCUGAUGAUAUAAGAUGUAGCAUUGAUGAAAAUCAAAAUAAUCUGCUUCUGCAGCCCAUUUCCACCGAUGAAGUCCGGCAUGCCCUGUUCCAAAUGCAUCCGGAUAAAGCCCCUGGGCCUGAUGGCAUGGGACCUGGUUUUUUCCAAAAACACUGGGACGUUGUUGGUCCUGACAUUGUUAACAUGGUAACUGAUUUCUUUGCUUCUGGUAUGAUUCCUAUUGGUCUGAAUGUCACUAAUCUUGUCUUAAUCCCGAAGAAGAAGAAUUUUAUUUCGAUGAGUGAUAUGCGGCCGAUUGCACUGUGUAAUGUGCUCUAUAAAGUGCUCUCAAAAGUCCUUGCAAACCGUAUGAGAAGUAUAAUUGAUCAGAUUAUUUCUGUGAAUCAGAGUGCUUUUAUUCCUGGUCGUCUUAUCUCUGAUAAUGUGAUGAUUGCUUUUGAAGUUAUGCACUAUUUAAAAAGGAAGACAAAGGGUAAGAAGGGGUUCAUGGCACUAAAACUUGAUAUGAGCAAAGCUUACGACCGUGUUGAAUGGAACUAUCUUCAGGCUGUCAUGUCCCAUAUGGGUUUUCAUCCGAAAUGGAUCGAUCUUGUUAUGGCUUGCAUAUCGUCGGUCAGUUAUAAUGUCAUUCAUGGUGGACAUGUCAUUGGCCCCAUCAUUCCUUCCCGAGGUAUUCGACAAGGUGACCCUCUUUCCACUUAUCUUUUCAUUAUGUGUGCUGAGGGUCUCACGGCACUCAUUAACAAGUUUGAAGCAAAUCGGCUUAUCCAUGGAUGCAAGGUGGCGCGUGGUGCUCCUUCCAUAACACACAUGCUCUUUGCAGAUGACAGUUAUCUGUUCUGCCAGGCCACUUCGGAAGCUGCUUUGAGUGUUAAUACUCUCCUUCAAACUUUCCAACAAGCUUCUGGACAACAAGUAAAUUUUUCCAAGUCUUCUGUCUUUUUUAGUCCCAACACUACUGCUGAGUCUCGUGCUGGUAUUUGUUCUGUUCUUCGAAUGGUUGAAGCGUCAGAAGGUAGUCUUUAUCUUGGUUUGCCUAACAUUAUUGGUCGAAACAAAAACUCUAUUCUUGGCUUCUUAAAGAACAAGAUUUUGGCUCGGAUCAAUAGCUGGGAUGGCAAAUUCUUAUCUCGAGCUGGCAAGGAAAUUCUUCUCAAAACUGUGAUUCAGUCUCUUCCUACCUAUGCCAUGAGCGUCUUCUUAAUUCCUUUAGGCAUUUGUGAGGAUAUAGAGAAGAUUAUGGCAAGUUUUUGGUGGAAAACUACAUCAAGUAAGGGUCGUGGUAUUACUUGGAUGUCUUGGGAAAGAAUGGCAAAGCCCAAGAUGGAAGGAGGUAUGGGUUUCCGAAUUCUUCAUGACUUUAAUCUUGCAAUGCUAGCUAAACAAGGUUGGAGACUUCUGUGUAAUUCUGACUCUUUGGUGGGUAAAGUAUUCAGAGCCAAAUAUUUUCCUACCAGUGAUUAUCUAUCGGCCGAUUUGGGAAAUAAUCCCAGUUUUGUAUGGCGAAGUAUUUGGGCUGCUCAAAGUGUGGUUCGCCUCGGGGCUGUGCGUAUUAUUGGAAAUGGUGAAACUACCAGGAUCCUCUCUACCCCUUGGCUUCCUGAUAGUGGGAACAGACUUGUAACUUCAACUCAUCCAGCUCUUUUGCAUAACACUGUGAGUUCUCUCUUCUCAAUGGAAGCACGAACUUGGGACUCUGAGGUUGUUGAGGACCUGUUCAACAACCGAGAUGCCAAUCUGAUCUUGGGUCUUCCGUUAUCUCUCAAUUCUGGUUCUGAUUUCUGGUCUUGGUCGGGAGACCGUUCUGGGUUGUUCUCUGUUAAAACUGCCUAUGUCAUGCUGCAGAAGAAUAAACCCCAGCUUACUAGCGCUGAUAACUCUGGGUUUUGGCGUAAGUUAUGGCAAUUGAAGAUACCUCCCAAGGUAAAGAAUCUGCUAUGGCGUGCAAUUACUGACUGUCUACCCACUUGUCUUCAAUUAGUAACAAAACAUGUGAACAUUUCUGGGCUCUGUCCUGUGUGUACAAACCAAGCAGAGUCAAUUGUUCAUGCUCUUCUCACAUGUCCUUUUGCUAUGUCAUGCUGGAACAUUCUUGGUAUCUCUUAUGAUACGAACCACCCCUACUCUUUUGGUGGUUGGUUUGAUAAAGCAAUUUGGAAGGCCCGUAACCUUGUUGUAUGGAAGAAUAAGGCAUCCUCGCAAGCUGAAGUCAUUGCAUCUGCACAAACAACUCUUGAUCAUUGGCGUAACGCUCAAGAUAACCUUUCCCUAUCUUCGCUAUUCUUUGAGAAUAGAGGAGAUGGAGCUGAGCGUUGGACUAAACCUGAAUCAAACAAAAUCAAGUUAAAUGUAGAUGCGGCUCUCUUUCCACAGGAUAACUCUUACGGGUUCGGGAUUGUCGCCCGAAAUAGCUCUGGCGGGCUCAUCGAGGCUAAAUCUAAGUACUUCGGCGGGGUCUAUGAUGCAGAAGUCGUUGAAGCAAUGGGAGUCAAAGAAGCUCUGAGCUGGAUAAAGAGCAACAAUUGGUCUGAUGUUGAGAUUGAGACAGACAGUAUGCUCACAGUGCAAGGCAUUCGUAGUAAUCACUCUGUGAAUUCUAUUUUUGGUUUGAUUAUUCAUGAUUGCCAAAUUUUACUUUCUUCUCUCAAUAAUGUUAGGAUUUGUUUUAUUAGACGAUCAGCAAACCGAGUUGCCCAUGUUGUUGCAAGGCAUUCUCGUUUUCUCUCUGGUCGUAGCAUUUUUGAGUAUAAUGCUUGGGAUGAGUUAAUCUCCCUCUUGUAUUCUGAAUGUUAA